AUGUCGAACACCACUACCACGACAAUCAAGCCCUUCAGUCUUUCCGCUCCACCAGGAACUGACAUCUGGCGCAAAGCCCCGUCUCACAACGCUUUCAAUGCAUCGACUCACCCUGCUCAGCUUCCGACCUACGAUCUGAAGACGUUCCAGCGAGCGAAGCUUACCUUCGAGCUCCCGCCAGCAGAUCAGCUCCGCCAAUACGACCAAGCAGGUCUCCUACUGCAUGUCACCAAGCCGGGAGUUCCUGAUAAUCAGACCAAGUGGAUCAAGACUGGCAUUGAGUUCUACUAUGGAAAGCCAUACGUAGCGACUGUGGGCUGCGAUGCUUGGGCUGACUGGUCGCUUGUGCCUAUGCCCGACUUCAAGAAUAGCAGCAAGCCUGGAGCGACCAUCGAGGCGAGGAGGGAAAGGGACGACCUUGGGAAGAGUCUUUGGAUCUACUGGAUCGUGAGGGAUGAGACUGGUAAGGAGGUGGAGAGACGCCCACUGAGAGAGGUCAAUUGGGUUUUUGCGGAAGAGGAGGGUUGGAGUGUGGGUGUCGCGGGAUACGUGUGUCGCCCAACUAAGGACGGUGGAGAGGAGUUGCUUGAGGCAGAGUUCAAGGAGGGUGUGGAGAUUGAGAUCAUCAACUGA